AUGAAAUCAAUCAAACCAUCAACGCUCCAGGACAUCUUAUACCAGACCGUCCGCGACCGCGACCACACGGGCACGACCAAGAUCCAGCUCGGGGACGCGACCUUCAUGGACCCCGCACAGGCCCGCCGCGCCGGCGCCGAGCGCGCGCGCCGCGCGAGCGCCCCCAGCCUGCCCUACCACGGCGCCCCUUGCGACGCCGGCGACGCGGAGGAGGCGGCGGAGGGUGCGGCUGCUGCGGCGGCGGCGGCUGCGGGUGUGAUCUUGGCGGCGUGGAAGCCGGACAGUAGCUGGGAGGAGGAGCAACUCGUGAGGAUCUAUGCUAUCCACGGGGCGCUGGAGCCGCGGCACGUGGUGUACGAGCACAUAGAGGUGCUGGUCCACCCCAUCACAGUCCGCCUCAACGCGGCGCUCGCGUCCGCCCUCCAGGACUACUUCCAGCUCAGGGACGAGGACGCGCGCCUCGCGAGGCAGUCCGAGUAUUCGCGGUCCAUCCUGCCGCCAAAGCCCGCCGGCGCGGGCGCGGCGGCGCCGGGGGGCGGCGCCGGCGGCGGCGGCAGCGCAAGCGGCACGCAGGACGGCGGCGGCGAGGAGGGCGCCACGUCAGACGCCGACGCCCUGCCCGGCCCCGCCCUCUCCUCCCGCGCCCGCAGCCCUGCGGCCCCCUCCAUAGCAAGCCUCGCCAGCAGCUUCACCUCAGGGGUGCCCUCCGCAGGCGGCGGCGGCGGCCCCGGCUCGCGGCUCCGCGGCGGCGGCGGCGGCGGCGGCGAGGAGGGGGCCGUCAUUCGUUACGGAGCGCUGGCGGCGCGGCGGCGCGGCGGCAGCCUCCCCGCGACGCCGCGGUCGGAGCCCGGCGCAGCGCCGGCCGCCGCGCCCGCCGCCCCCGCCGCCGCCACUCCGAAGCGGCCGUCGCGCGCGCUGCGCUUCAAGCACGUGCGCGUCAACCGGCUGUGCGCGCGUGUGACGUUCGAGGGGCCCCCUAUUUCCAUCACCGACUUUGGUCUGGUGCUGGACAACAGGGUGUACCGCAAUCUGGAUGGCGGCUGGAGGACGGUGCUUAACAGGACCAUGGUCAGGAGAGCGGCGCACGCGCUGCGGCCUGGCCGCCGCGACGCGCGCGCCAGCGGUCGGCGCGCGCACGAUCACAACCGCCGGCGUCCGCGACGCGGCCCCAGCUGA